AUGGAAAUGCCAGACAAGAUUGCUUUGCAAGUUCAAAGGAGUGAUUUUAUUACGUUCAGACAACUCGACGACCUUAGCAAUCAGAUUGCUUUCGGCCUUGAAGGAAUUCUUAACUAUCAAACAAGUGCGACCACCAAGCAGCGAUACGUGCCGAUCUUCUUCGAGAAGUCAUAUCACAUGGUUGGCGCCAUUUUGGGCAUCCUGAAGGCCGGAGCAGCUGUUGUUCCCAUGGACAUUGAACAUCCGAUGCAGAGGCUGGAGACAAUAUGCGUAACAAGCGCAGCCACUGUCUUCCUUUGGGACGGCAUAAAUGGUGGCGAGAAGCUACAAAGUCUUGUCAGGUCAACGGGCGCAACUGCACUGACAGUAGUUGAUCUUCUCCAAAAUAACAGCCAGACGUACAAGCAUAAAAUUCUACCCCUGGACUCUCUGGCUUAUGUGCUUUUUACCUCAGGAUCAACCGGUAUUCCAAAAGGAGUGAUGAUCAAUCAUCGGAACUUGGCAUCAUUUUUGUCCUCCAAUAGAGGAAGUACGGACUGCUCAUGGACUUCAAACAGGCUCGCGCUUCUUGCUCCAACCUUUGAUGCGGCAAUGGGAGAUUUGUUCGCCACGCUCUGCAAAGGUGGCCGUCUCUUGUUGGGUAAACAACAGGAUAUUCUCUCCGGGUUGAGCCAUUGUUUAGAAGGUCUGAGUGUCACACAUCUGUCACUAACUCCCACGUUGGGUACGCUGAUGCUGAACGACCUUGACAACGAAGGGCUAUCUGUUCUGCGCUCUUUGGUCUUUGGGGGUGAGCCUUUCCCACUCAGUACUUUGAGCCGUAUACCCAGAGCAAUAAAGGUCUGGAACGGUUAUGGUCCUACCGAGGCAACCAUUGAAGUAGCUGCCUGCAAGGUACAAGGGCCAGAUGUUGAUGUGUGCGGAGGCCGAUCGUUUGUUCCCAUCGGAGAGCCCGGCCAGAACAGACACAUUCGGGUGUUAUAUCCCGAAACUACAGAGCAAGUCCCACUGGGUUCAGUUGGUGAGGUAUGUAUUAGUGGACUACAAGUGGCACAAGGCUACCUAGGCCAAGCCGACUUGACCGCGAAACAUUUCACACCUGACCCAUUCUCCCCAACGGGACGCGGGAUAAUGUAUCGUACGGGAGAUAGAGCAAGACUCCACGGAGAUGGAUACCUUGAGUACCUUGGUCGCAUGGAUGGGCAGAUAAAAGUUCGAGGCUUCCGAGUUGACGCUGAAGAGGUUUGCUCGGUGGCGCAGGAGCAUCCACAAAUCAUUGCAUGUGCUGUGACUAAGCUUCAGAGCAACGGAACUGAGACCCUGACAGCGUUCGUUGAAGCAGUCCAUCCACUCCAGCCAGAAAAUGUCAUAGGUGAAUCCACAAUCAAGGAGCAUCUAGCCCAAAGUCUUCCCGCCUACAUGGUUCCAGCCUUCAUCUGGGUGCAGACAACACCCUUACCGCGUACAACAAGUGGUAAAUUAGACAGGAUCGCUAUCGCCAAGAUGGCCGAGGACAGACAUAAAGAGAGUCUAAAAGACCGUUCGAGGCACUCUCACACGCCUGUUCCCGCCGCGCCGGGAAGCCUAGAAGACAAGAUAGCUUCACUCUGGGCAAAGGUGCUGGGGAUCAACGAAGACUCUGUUGACAUCACUGCAGCUUUUCACAAGAUGGGCGGUGACUCCAUUCGCGCAAUAGCAUUGCUUGCAAUACUUCGUCGACAAGAGCUACACCUGGACUUGAUAGACGUUUCACAGACUUCAACAGUGCAGUCGCAAGCAGCCAGAGUUCGUCAGGGGUCAGCCGCCAAAAACAAUGCAAGUUACCUACAUUUUCACAUGCGCCAAGGGAGUAUGGCAACCAUUGUCCUUGUUCAUCCGUUCCUUGCGCAAUCCAUGGUAUUCGAGCCUCUGCUGCCAUUACUAGACGGCACGAUUGAUGUCCUCCUAGUUGACGACCCAUUCAUGGGCGCAGCUCGUUAUCCCGAGACGCUUUCGCAGUGGGCUAGUCGUUACUUAGCUGAUAUGAAAGAGCAUAUUCAGCUUGACCACCCUGUGAUAUUUGGGGGGUAUUCAUUUGGUGGAUUCAUUGCAUUCGAGAUGGCCCAUAAAUGGGACCAAUUAUACGGUGCCCAUUCCAGCUCGGUAGUCCUACUCGACCCUGGCACUUAUGAAGUGGAUAACAGAGUAUGGAAUGGUGAAAGUGAGAAGGACAAUUUGAUCAUCAGCUCGCUGGGCAGAUCGGAGAUCAGUCCUCAAGACAUCCUACCGCUUCGAAAGUGCUUUGAUGGCUAUGUUAGAGCCUUGAAGCAAUCUAAAAGUCCACCAGUCUAUGAGGGUAAGUGCCUUCAUGUGGCCUUACCCGAUCGGCUCCAGGACGGAGUCGUAGGUUGGUGGAAGGCACAUUGCACCAACAUCACUUUGGGCGUCGUCGACUGCGACAACCAUUACGCGUUGAUGAAGGAUGCAGGCUGCGUGGCUAGAAUCAGUCGGUUCAUUCAUGAGCACUGCAACUCCGUUAUAGAAGAGAAUCGAGCAGUGAGCAGCGCGAGUUCAGAGUCCCGGAUGAAUGGGGGAUCUUCGAGAACCGACGUGUCGACGGAAAAUGGAGACACGAAGGAGCAGACCAGGUGA